AUGACACACGAAAUUGACACCAUAUUAUCUACAUUGAAGCAGGAAGUCAAUAGUGAAUUGGCCCCAUUAUUCGACGAUUUUGAAGACUUGUAUGAGAGGAAGCUAUGGCAUCAGUUAACUGAGAAGCUAGCGAUUUUUUUCCAUGAUAGCAAAUCAGAAUCGUUCAGACUUCGCCUUUAUACCCAAUUUGUCAGUAAGUUCAUUGACAAGAUAAACCAAUUGAAUGUUGUUGAGUUUUUGUUGCAAGCAUUACAAGAAAACGAUGACACAGAAGAAUCAUUACAAUAUCUAAAGGAUCUUCAAAAGGAAUUCAAAGAAAUUGAUGAAAAGAAGCAAAGAAACGAUGGUUUAAAACCUCAUGUAAAUGGGAACUUGUUGUUAGAUAUUGAGAUUGCUCGUGUGAAAUUGGAAAAGGGGGACCUAGUUGAGGUCAGAGACAUCCUAGACGCUAUUGGGAAAACACUUGAUGUUCAAGAUUCGGUACCUCUCAGAGUUACCGGUGCCUACUACUCGUGUAACGCUUCCUAUUACCAAGUAAAGAAAGACUUCAACAAUUUCUAUUAUACCAGUCUUUUAUAUCUCUCAACAAUCACUUCGGAAGAACAACAGCAGCGAUUGACACAACUCGAACAACAACAAUUGGCAUACAAUUUGUGCAUUGCAGCAUUGUUAGGUGACAAUAUCUAUAAUUUCGGUGAACUACUUCAGCAUCCAAUUAUUUCAAGUAUUUCAAACGAUAAAGAAUACGAAUGGUUAUUCAGAUUCUUGAACGCAUUAACUGAAGGGGAUUUCCAAAAGUUUGAUCAAAUUUCAAAAGAAAGAAUUCCCAAGGUACCAAUCUUAGCUCAACAUGAGUCAUUCUUGAGACAAAAGAUUUGUUUGAUGACUCUAGUAGAAAGCGUGUUUGCAAAGUCUAUCAGAACGUUGUCUUUCCGCGAUAUUGCAGAUGCCACAUUUUUACCUAUCGACAGUGUUGAACAUUUAGUAAUGAGAAGUAUCAGCUUAGGAUUGUUGAAGGGAUCAAUAGAUCAAGUCCAACAAUUGGUUACAAUUACGUGGGUUCAGCCUAGGAUCAUCAACCAAGAGCAAAUUAAAAAAAUGAAAGAUAACUUGAUAAAAUGGCAAGAUGAAGUGUCGAAAUUGGGUAAUAAGAUUGAAGGAAGGGGUAAAAGUAUUUGGGUAUAA